AACUGGUAAAGCAAUCCUCCCCCUCUCUCUCUCUAUCUUUAUAGUUCCCUGAAGAACACACCAUUUUAAAAGAACCAAAAAAAGGGAAAAAAAAAAAAAAGACAUCACGAAAUAUCUCUGUGUUUGCGUUCUCUUUGCUUCUUCUUCCUCUGUUUUUUUUGUUUCCGGGAAACAGAGAGAGGAAGAGAGGUCUGCUUUGUUUUUGCUGCAACGAUUCCGUUUUGGAUCUUAAAGCUUUGUGCUAAAUCGUUUUUGAGGUAACAAGAUUUUCCAGUGAACUGGAAUCAUCUGCUUUUCUACUUUCUUGGAAACAUGAAUCUGUAAUGUGAUGAAGAGUGGAAAGUGUUUGUGGGUUUGAAAGUGAAAAUGGAGAGUGGUUUAGGAAGUAACUGCAACGAGAGGCAUUGGAUUUUCAAGGACGAUUCCUGGUUUAGCCAGUUCAGGAAUGGUUCCAAUCCUUGGAUGGCUAGAUAUGCCUAUGCAUUGAUCUUCCUGGUUUCGAAUUUGCUGGCCUGGGCUGUUCGAGAUUAUGGCCACAAUGCCUUCCCUGAAAUGGAAAAGCUGAAGAAUUGCCAAGGUGGCCGUGGCUGUUUGGGCGCCGAAGGAGUCCUACGUGUGAGCUUGGGAUGUUUUGCUUUCUAUUUUGUAAUGUUUCUUUCAACUGCUGGCAACUCAAGGAUGUACAAUUGCAGAGAUUCAUGGCAUUCCGGAUGGUGGUCUGCAAAGAUUGGCCUCUGGAUUGCCUUGACAGUUACCUCCUUUUUGGUUCCUACUUUCAUCGUACAAAUAUAUGGGGAGAUUGCGCAUUUUGGUGCCGGGGUCUUUCUCCUAGUUCAGCUCGUAAGCGUAAUCAGUUUCAUUACAUGGCUGAAUGAUUGUUGUCAAUCUGAGAAAACUGCAGAAAGAUGCCACAUCCAUGUGAUGUUACUUGCUACUGCUGCAUAUAUUAUAUGCAUAUUUGGGAUUAUCAUGAUGUACAUUUGGUAUGCACCAGAACCGUCCUGCCUCCUUAACAUUUUCUUCAUCACAUGGACGCUGGUACUUCUGCAACUAAUGACCAGUGUUUCCCUCCACCCAAAAAUCAAUUCUGGCUUCUUAACUCCAGGGCUCAUGGGGCUUUAUGUGGUAUUUAUCUGUUGGUGUGCCAUUCGAAGUGAACCAGCAGGGGAAAGUUGCAACCGAAAGGCAGAGGCUUCAAACAAGACAGAUUGGCUCACCAUCAUAAGCUUUGUCGUUGCCUUACUGGCUAUGGUUAUUGCUACGUUUUCUACCGGUAUUGAUUCUCAAUGUUUUCAGCUGCAGUUCAGUAAAAAGGAAGCCCGUGCUGAAGAUGCAGUACCAUAUGGUUACGGUUUCUUCCAUUUCGUUUUUGCCACUGGAGCUAUGUACUUCGCAAUGCUAUUGAUCGGCUGGAAUACUCAUCAUACUAUUAAAAGAUGGACAAUUGAUGUUGGUUGGACCAGUACUUGGGUGAGGAUAGUGAACGAAUGGCUAGCCGUCUGUGUUUACUUGUGGAUGCUGGUAGCUCCUGUUAUAUUGAAGUGGAGACAAACAAGUGAAAGUGCCUGAAAAAGCUUUUGGAAGGUGGUGUUUAAAUGGGACAUUACACUAUAAAAUUGAAGAUAGGAAGGAAUUGAAGCAUAUAACAGUAAGCAUGGUUUAAGUGGAGGAAGAGCCUGGGAUCUAAAUUAAUGUCAAUUUAUUUUGCCCAAGAAAUAUUUGAUGUUCAAUUUGGUCCAAAAAGUGGGGGGUUAGACUAUUCAAUAUUAAAGUGAAAAUCUGUUGACAAUUGUUAUUUGUAAAUACGCAACUGAUGAAAGAUAUUAUCUUUCGAAAAAAAAGAAACAAAAAAGCUUUAUAUGCUUCGGGAAA